AUGUAUCCGCUGUCGCCGGCCCACGAUGCCGUGCUCAACUGCUCGCCGAGUUCUCGCCAAUACGACGUCGAAUACGAGGUCCGCAAGCACACCGUACAGCACGCGUCGUGUACCACCUACGACGACAACAACAACGACAGCGACACCAUGUCCUCGCCCCUCGUCAGCAACACCAGCGCCAUGACGGCCCGCAGCCAAGCCGCGGAGAGCGGGACCGCCUCGUCACGGCCGGGCAGCACCCUGGGCGGCCCGUCCCUGUCGCCGGCCAAGAGCCGCCGCCACAGUCGGGUCAUCUCGGGCACGGGUCUGUCACCGCUCAAGAUUCUCAGCCGAAAGCGGACCAGCGAGGAGGGCCUCGCUCCCCCUGAAGGGAUGGGGCCGCCGCCGGCGCGGAGUGCUAGGAAGAUUUCGUCGCCAGAGAAGCGGUUUCCCGUCAAGAUUGGCGGGGGAGGAGAGGAGGCGGGAGUGCGAGACAGGCAGGUCAGCCUAGAGGAGGCGAUGAGGACAAAUGGCCACCUGCGACGCGCGAUUGACAUUUUCGAGGACGAUGAGGAUGAGGGCGUCGCGGCGGCGGCGUCGCGGCCGAACACGGCGGUGAGCGGUCACGACGAGGCUGCCGGCAGUGGCUGCAACCCGGAUGACACCAUGACGAGCACGUUUAGCACAUUUUCCGCCGCCCCGACGUUGGCGAGCUACGCCAACUGGCGCGCACAGCAGAGCCCGGCCAAGCUCGCGGCGCUCGCCGGCGUUCCGUCCUCCUCCCGCCCCGGCACCCGAGACGAGAGCGGCAACACGACGAACCUCCUCAUGGACUUUACCGAUUCGCUGCGACACCCAGCGCGCCGCGCAACCGCCUCCCCGGACAAGAAGCUGCCCUCGUCCAGCACGCUCCCCAACCUGAGCGCGGCGACCGCCACGCCUAGCAAGACGACGACGCUCAUCGACUUUGACAUCCCGCCGCUGCCGACGCCGCGUAGCGUCCCCACGAUCUCGUCGCGCGAGCUCGAGUCGCUGAAAUCCGCCUUCCUCUCCGAGAUUUCGUCGCUCAAGGCGUCGCUGAGCGGCAAGGAGGCCGAGGUGCGCUCGCUCAAGGCGGCGGUGGGCGACGCCGAGGCGCGCGUGGGCGCGUCGACCGAGGGUCUGCGCGAGCAGACGGCGCUCCGGGAGCAAGCGGUCGCCGAGCGCGACGACUGGGAGCGCCGCGGGCGCGAGGUCGAGGAGGUGUUGCACCGGCUGCGCCGGGAGCGCGAGGAGGCAGAGCGGAAGCUCGAGGAGAGCGAGAAGCGGAGAGAGGCGGCGGAGAUUCUGCACCAGGAGGCGGAGAGCAAGAUUGCCGGGCUGCGCGCGGGUCGGGAGACCACGACGGAGCCGAAGACGGCGGCGGCGUCCCCGCGGCACACGAACAAGGAGGUGGAGAUUGCGGUCGAGCGCGUGGCGCGCGAGCUGCACACGCUGUACAAGGGCAAGCACGAGACCAAGGUGACGGCGCUGAAGAAGUCGUACGAGGCGCGGUGGGAGAAGAAGGUCAAGGAGCUGGAGCGGCGCGUGCAGGAGCUGCGGGAGGAGAACGCUGGCCUUCUGCGGGCGACUACCGGCGGCGGCGGCGCUGACCCCGAGGACACGACGCUGCUCGUGGCGGCGCAGGCCAACGCGGAGGCCGACAAGGAGCAGGCGACGCGCGACCGCGCGGCGAUCCGCGAGCUGAACGCGACGGUGCGCCGGCUUGAGGCGGUCGUAGCCUCGGUGCAGGGGGACAAUGGCGAGCUGCGCGGGCUGCUGGAGAGGGAGCGCGUGGAGAAGGGCGAGCUGGUGCAGCUGGCGGAGGAGAUGAUGGCGAUGCAGCAGCAGCCGCAGAGUGGUGGUGGGGGAGGGAGGACGCCGGCGCCGGCUCGUCAGACGAUGGAGGUGAAGACGCCGGGGAAGAAGCCGACGUCGAUGAUGCCGACGACGACGCCGGGGAAUAAUAGGCGGGGGAGCGUGGGCAAGGCGUCGGGGCUGAGGGCGCCCGGGUCGGCGUAUCGCGGUGGCGCUGCGGCUGCAGGGGGGGGGUUGAGGAUGCCGGGGCCGAGGAGCGGGAUUUUGAGUGGCAUCGAGAAGAUGGGCAGCCAUCGUGGGCGUGGGCAGUGA